UGUCUGUCGCAGCACAUCGGGCUGCCCAUGUUCUCCCGGGACAAGAAGCCCCAACGGAUUCACAUGAUGAGCCUGGGGGUGCUUAACCUGCCCCGGCUGCCCGUGCUGGACUGGGCGUUCGGCCACUCCCUCAUCAGCUGCCACGUGGAGCACCACCUCUUCCCCAGGCUCUCCGACAACAUGUGCCUGAAGGUGAAGCCCGUGGUGUCCCAGUUCCUCCGUGAGAAGCAGCUGCCGUACAACGAGGACUCCUACCUGGCUCGCUUCCGGCUGUUUCUGCACCACUACCAGGAGCUCAUGGUGCAGACCCCUCCCAUCACAGAGCUGGUGGGGCUGCAGUGAGGGGCGGGCCGGCACAGUCAGCCCGCCCUCCCUCCGGGCCCACCCCCGGCUCUCCUGUUUCUGCUGGCCGUCCCUGGGGCUGGGAGGGCGCGGGCCCUUGCCCAGUGGGUGUGGCUCGGCUGCCUGGAGUGUGGAGGCGUGGGGUGGGCAGUGAGACGGGGAGCUCAUGCUGGGGGGCCUGGGGGUCACCUGCCCUGCUUGCUUUUCCGGGCUUUGAGGAAUAUCUGGAGGAAAGGAAUAAAGGUGGCCGGGCAUCCUGGUCAGUCUGGACCUCAGCCAACUUCAUCUCAGGACUAAACUGCUGGAUUCCUCCCCUGCUCGCUCUGAGCCUUGGUAGGGCUAUAGGACGGGGGUAAGGAGGGGCCCUAUGGAGGGGGCAGGCUAGGAGGGGACACCGAGAGAGAAGGGUCCGCUCCCUGGUGCCAGGGAGCCCCACACUUGGUUGGCCACUGCUUCUUCCUGUGCCCUUGAGGUUCUGGCCCCUAAGGAGCCCUCUCCCCAGGGACCACAGGGAGAGGUUACCUUUGGCAGACCUUCCUAAUCUUUCAGCCCGGAAGCCUGUGCAAGACACUGGCUCAGCAGCUCCCAAGACCCACAGCAUCUGUGAGAUCAAAGUGUGUGUUUUGUGGGGAGGGCACUCCAGGCGAAAUAAGGGGAGAAAGGGUAUAAAUAGCUUUGGGCGUGACGUUGGCUAGCUCCAGAAGUCUGCAUUGUUCCAUGAUGUUUACAAGGGCUGGAAGAAUUCUCAACUGGAAGAGAGAGAAAAUUACUGGGAGGGUCGCUGAGGCUGGAGAGGGGUUACGGGAACAGGGUCUGGAGGUCAGAUGGCCUUAGAGAGGAGAGGAAGGAGGGGAAAGAGUGUGUGUGGGGGGGUGCGGAUACAAGAGCUGGGAGUCCAGGGCUAGGCUCGGCUGUGAAAGGAUGGUCUGCAGCCUGGGAGCGAGGUGGGAAUAUAAGAGAACUGCUGGUGCCAGCCGGAGGAAGAGGUCCAGGUACUGAGGACACCACUGAGAUUCAGCCCAAAGCGGGCAGCCCUGAGAGAGGGCUGGGAGCUGCCCUGGCUGGAGGCUGGAUUAGAGGGUGGGAGGAAGGGCCCGGCUGGAGGCUGAUGGAGGAACAGAGAGGGAGGCCCGGCCUGUGACAGGAGGCCAGAGCAGUUAGUUUAAAACACGGUUUCUCACCUCAGCACCGUGACAUUUUGGCCAGAUGGUGCUUUGCCGCCGGGGGCCUCUCCUGCGCAUUGUAGCAGCAUGCCCAGCUUCUAUCCACUAGGUUCCAGGAACCCAGGUUGUGACCAUCAAAGAUGUCUGCAGACACUGCCAAAUGUCCCCUGGGGGGCAAAAAUCAUCUCUGGUCGAGGACAUGCAAGUCUAUUCUGAGCACACAAUCGCCCUGUUUUUCAGUGAAGUCCUUGGACGAGGUGAAGGGUGUGGUGACCCUGAAGACGGGGAGGCUAAAUGCCAGCAACUGGGAUGGGCUGGGGGGUCAGAGGGCAGGUGAAGGCCUUCUCGAAGCCGGGUCCUGUUAGGGAACCCACCUCUGGUGUGGCCUUAGGUGGCUCUGCUGGGUAGCUGCCACUUGCCCGUCCACAGCCAUUACCUUCUCCUCCACCCUGUGCUCCUGUCCCGAAGCCUACACCUCCCGUCCGGCGCCCUCUCCUACAGCUACAGCUCUCACUACUUCUGAAACAGUCCCUCCUUUUGCUCCUUCCGGGCCUGGGGUGGUAGUGGCUUCCAGCUGUUGCUAGCCCUGGAGGGGCUUCACCACAUCCUCAUCCUGCUACACCUCUGCACAGAGUUCCUCCAUUAAACUCUCUUCAGUCAGCCCCUCUGAGCACGCUGUCUGUUUCCUCCUGGGAGGCUGACUGAUAGAGCAGAGGUUUGGAUCCAAGCAGCCCUCUUGGAACGAGGCAGGCUUGGCAGCCUCCCCUGCCUACUGCUUUGCUAUAUGUUAUCGCUGCUCUUGUGAAAUGCAUUAGCGACUCAGAUGUGGCCUUAAGGACUGGGAAUGCGGUUAAUCAAAAUGCUUAUUCUCCACAUGAAAAAUGCAACCUCAGAAAAGGCCCCAUUGCACGGUCCUGGCUAAUGAUUAAAACCAUCCUAGGGCUUCCCUGGUGGCGCAGUGGUUAAGAAUCUGCCUGCCAAUGCAGGGGACACGGGUUCGAGCCCCGGUCCGGGAAGAUCCCGCAUGCCGCGGAGCCACUAAGCCCGUGCGCCACAACUACUGAGCCUGCGCUCUAGAGCCCGCGAGCCACAACUACUGAAGCCCGCGCGCCUAGAGCCUGUGCUCCACAGCAAGAGAAGCCACCGCAAUGAGAAGCCCGUGCACCGCAACAAAGAGUAGCCCCAGCUCUCAGCAACUAGGGAAAACCUGUGAGCAGCAGCGAAGACCCAAUGCAGCCAAAAACUAAAUAAAUGAAUAAAUAAAUUUAUUAAAAAAAAAUAAAACCAUCCUAAUACAAUCAGUGACUCAU